CAAAGAAGCAUUUAAAAAUGGCCGCAGCCACGAAGUAUUAACCAAGAGUGAUUUUGAAAUUGCAAUCGAUAUAUUCUUAUAAUCAUCGUAGUAAAUACGUCAAUGGCCUACCCUAUUUAUAGUACCUAAUUCUUUUUAUUAGUCUGCCAAGUAUUUUGACGCAAAAGCUUCGCGAAUAUCGAUUCAUACUUUUACACUUCCGCCUUGUUCAUGAAAUUUAUCAAGACGAUUUCUGAGUUAGUCGUGUAUUACUUAUUUGAAAUGCAUCUUUUCGCACAAUCGGCUCUAUAAUACUUGCAGGUAAAUGACACCUUUCUAUUCACAUAAAAUCACGUUCUUUUAAAAUCGCAUCGCGAUAAAAGUUGUGCAACAAGGUUAACUGUGAGAAAACAACAAACAGAAAGGUACUUUUUCAAGAUUGUAAGAAUAUUUUGUGCAAAGAACAUGUCGCCCGGUGUUAACGAUGGUCCACGCAACACAGGCACACUUCCGAAAAGCAAUAGGAGAAAUGAUAGAAAUAGAGAACGGUCAGCUGCUAAUCAAUUUGCAUUCCGUUCUGCUUAUCAUGGACAUACACAGCACUCUAAUAAUUUGCAUCAACUGGAUUGGAAACCAGUCGGUGAACAAGAGCAUUCAAGAAUAACAAAGAACAGUAACACAAGAUCAGUUUCUUCGGUACAGUCUACAUCCUAUCAAGACAUACCCGAAUUUGUAUCAUUUGGUAGUCGACGACCAUACAAUUACAGUGCAGAAGAAUUCCCCCCUUUGCAAAAGAUGGUUCCUCCAACUGAUUCUCAAACUCAAUCUCCUCCAAGGCUUCAAGGAACAAAACCUUCUAAUGUCGAUAAAAUGCCUGAUAGAAGCCAAGUAGAAUCACGUUUAAAUCAAAUUAGAGAUUAUAUCAGAGUUACAUCAACUCUGAUGGAUUCGCUUAAUCAGUCCAGUGAUCCAAAUGGUGAAAAUAGUAGAGAGGAUGGAGAAGAAAAUGGUGAUAUAAAUAGAGAAAUGCAACUACGUAAAAAAAUGGAAGAAUCACAAAGGAAACUCGCACAACUACAAGAACAUCAAGCUAGUUUGGUGGGAAUGCAAUUACGUGUUCGAGAAAGAUUAAAUGAAGCACGUCAAGCUCAACAAGCUCUUUUACAGCAAGAAAAUCAAAAUUCAAUUGGCUUAGCAUUACCAUUACCCGCGAACGUCGAGCAACUUGAAAAUGAAACAGCUGCAUUAAGGGGAAAACUGGCACAACUUCAAACAAAAAAGAAAAAUAUGGAUCAUCUUGUGGCAGAAUUACAAGCUGCAGAAUCUCUGUCUGAUAGGGGUAGUUGUAGUUCUGAAGGAGUUCAAGGAAGACAUUCGAGAAGGAGUUCUUCAAGGAAUUUUGGAGUAGACAAAGCUGCUGAAUUAGAAGCUAUGAAAGCACAACUUGCUCACUUGAAGUCAUUAAUGGAAGAAGCAACGAAAGUACGUGAAUGUCUCGAUUCCAACUCUGAUCCUGAACCUGAAGUAGAUGUAAACAGUGAAACUAUAGCUAAUAUGGAUGAAAACGAAGAUGAAAAUGGAACGAAUACUUCAUUUGAACGUCAAAGCGAUAUGGAUGAAACAGGUCACGAAAAAAUCAGAAACACCGGGGAAAGGCCAACUUUCGAAGAAAUUCAAGCAGUCACGCGAGAACUUCGAGAACAAUCAGCUUUGUUACAAUCUACUAGAGCAGAAUUGCAACGAAUAAAGCAACCAUUAUCAGCAAUGCAUUCUAAUUCUACAUCUGUGUUCCCGACUUCAACUCCUCCUCCAUCGCUUACAACGUCAAUCAGUUCUGAAAAAAAGCAAAGUAACAACAGUAACUGCGAAGUUCAAUCGGUCCAAGAAAAGAGACGUCAAAUUGAUGAUAUUGUGCGAAAGGAAUCAUCUCAAACAUCUAGCAUUAAUCGCGAUAUGGGAGGACCAAGUGAUUUAAAUAGUCACAGAAGUUCUAGUUCACAUGUUAGUCAUACAGGUACUCCUGCUAAUGUUUGGCCUCCUCCAACAACGAUAGGUGGAUCUAAUGAUCAAAGCGUAGAUGGUGUAUCUUCUGAAAAUUUAAUGGACAUCGGGCCUCAAACAGCGGCAAUUGAGAAUGGAUUUGGUGGAAAUUGGUGGACUUAUCCACCGCCUCCGUUAAAUCAAAUGCAACAUGGUUCAUCAGAGUAUUAUCGACAAUUAUUACUAGGUUCUCAAGCUCAACAACUUCAAAUGAUGGGUACUACGAUACAACAAUGUUGUCAACUGUUAUGGUCUCAGCAGCGUGAAUUACAAGCUAUGCGUGUAGCUAUUAAUCAACUACAAGUUCAUUUGAGACAAACACAGUUACAACAGCGGAAUAAUAGCGAGAAUAAUGAUGAAUAUUCUAAUUUAAGUCGUAAUAUUCAUCAUCUUGGUGAAACAUUAGAUUCUGCAUUACCACCAAGUUCAUCUUUACCGAAUCUGGUGUCACUACCAAAUUCUUCUCCUGCAUUAUCCCACGUCGUUGCAACAUCUUCUGUUAAUUCUCAACAUCAACAUCAACAACAAUUGAAUAAUCAAGUUCCUCCUGGAAAUAGAGCAAACAACUACUGGGACAAUUUCAGAAGCUAUUCCAGACAAAACUUACUCUCAGGAAGUGCAAAAACCGUAACUGAUGCUACCUCUGGAGCUAUUGCAAAUUCAACUUCGGGAAAUACUAUAUCAAGUGUUAAUACUUCUCUUAUGAAAGACAAACGCAAUCGGGAUCAAGCAACCGAUAAUAUACCUUUGCCUUCAUUAAGUGGAGUAGAAACACAAUAUUCUUCAAAUUUGCAAUUACAAUCUAAUUUACAGCAACAAGAACGGGAGAAUACCGCUAUGCGUAGUAAUAUUUUAACAAAUGAAAUGUCUCAACAGCAAGUUGAUAAUCUUUGGGAGGAAACAAAUUCAUCAUUUCGAUUACCAUCUGUAAUAAAUGAUGAUAACCUGUUUCAAAACUUAAGCUUUGAAAUGAAAGAAGUAUUAAGUUCACUGAUCUCCGUGAAUAAAAAACGACCAGACUAUCUUGUUAUUAUAUUAAGAGAAAUUAAGGCAAUAAGCGAAGACCACAGAUUGCGGCCUCGUUUAUGGAGAUCGUUGCGUGCUCUACAAGAUACACAAUCUUUAAGCAAUCCAUUGAAUGAAACAACUGAUCAGACUGCCAGUGAAAGUUGUCAGUCUAGCGAUGAAGAUUCUGAGGCAGAUGUAAUAUUAGGUUUAAAACCAGCAAAACAUUCUAUAGCAGAAUUAGUUUCAUCAUCUCAAGCAGGAAUUUCAUCAUCUCCUACUGCACAUGUACCUUUAAUAGAUCAUUUGGACAUGCCAGGGACAUCUUCAGGUAAUUCUACAAGUACUUUGCCUUUAACACCUUCCAUCAAACCAGGUUAUAAUGAAGAUCUGGCAGAAGCAGAUCAAUCUAGACCUGAAUCUUCCGAUAAUCAACAGCCUCCUGAAAACGAAGAAGAGACUGAACAAGGCCAAGCUGAAGCAACUGGACAAACUGAAUUUGCGCAAGCGAGGUUUGAUGGUGAAGGGGAUUUGGAAAGUUUAGCUGCUAAAGCUGAAGAUGAAUGGACUGAAGGCAAUGCAAUAAUAUUUUGAUAUUGAAUUACGUUAAAAAGUAUCUUUAGUUGUAUACACAAUAACUGAACAUAUGUUUUAAGUUUAACAUAUGUUCUUUUUAACAGAAUUGUGAUACAAUCAAAAUCAUUAUAUCAUUUAAUCCUAGGUGCAAUUUUGAUUUUUCUGUAAGUACUAUUUAUUCAUUUACACAUUAAUUGAAGUACUUCUCAAUAUCAAUAACUUGACUACAAGCAUAAAAAAUGUGACAUACAAAUUUUUUAUCUUUAAUGUGUAUUGUGUAGAUUAUAAUAAAAGUUGUAAUUUAGGAAAAUAAGUAUUUAUUUUUUAUUAUAUGAUACAAUGUAGUAUAAGAGCAUAGCGAAUGUAUGCUUUGUGAACAAAUACAAAAAAUAUAAACAUUAAAAAUGUUAUUGUUUAAUUACUCUAUUUAAAAUUCUGUUUCAAUACAAUUGUUAUCAAUUAAUUGCAGUCGAUGAAACUGGUAUAUAGAACAUCCAUGUGUUUCAAAUAAAAUCUUUUCAUAUUCAA